AUGGGAGGCAGCACCAGCAUCAAGAAGACCGAGUACUUCUCCAAACUGAAGCAGUUGCUUCAGGAGUACAAGUCCAUUUUCGUCGUCGGCGUCGAUAACGUCUCUUCUCAGCAGAUGCAUGAGAUCCGAAAGACUCUCCGAGGCCGAGCAGUCGUUCUCAUGGGUAAGAACACCAUGGUCCGACGAGCUCUCCGAGAGUUCGAGGAGGAGCUCCCCGAGGCUGCUGAGCUUCUCAUGCCCCUCUGCCGAGGCAACGUUGGUUUCGUUUUCACCAACGACGACCUCAAGGAGAUCCGAGAGGUUCUCCUCGAGAACCGAGUUCUGGCCCCUGCCCGAGCCGGUGCCAUUGCCCCUAAGGACGUCUGGAUCCAGGCCGCCAACACUGGAAUGCCUCCGGACAAGACUUCUUUCUUCCAGGCUCUCGGUGUCCCCACCAAGAUUUCUCGAGGUACUAUUGAGAUUACCUCCGAUGUCAAGAUCCUCCAGCAGGAUGUCAAGGUCGGUCCCUCCGAGGCUACCCUCCUUAACAUGCUGAACAUCUCUCCUUUCACCUACGGAAUGACUGUUGUUCAGGUCUACGACAACGGCCAGGUUUUCGGUUCCGAGAUUCUGGACAUCACCGACGAGGAGCUCAUCUCCAACGUCAUUGGUGCCAUCUCUACCAUCACCGCCAUCUCCCUUGCCGCCAACUACCCCACCCUCCCCGCCGUGUCUCACUGCAUCAUCAACAACUACAAGAACGUUCUUGCUCUGUCCAUUGCUUCUGACUACACUUUCGAGGGCUCUGAGGCCAUCAAGGACCGAAUUGCCAACCCCGAGGCUUACGCCGCUGCUGCUCCUGCCGCCGCUGCCGCUUCCGGCUCUUCUGAGGCUGCCCCUGCUGCUGCCGCUGAGGAGGAUGAGGAGUCUGAGGAUGACGACAUGGGAUUCGGUCUUUUCGACUAA